AAACAGUUGACAAGUAACGAAAUACUUUUGUUAAUAGUGGCUUUGAAACUACACCUUGAGCCCCGUAGUUCCAAGAUGUAGAAUCAAAACUUUACGGUGCGGAUUUGGUGGGGAAAAACUCAAAAUACCGGACUUCAAAAUUGACAGGUUAACGAGACAGGUACGGCACAAUUUCACAAUCUGCACGAUAUGCAAAUUAGUAAUUCCGGCAACAUGCCAAUCGUAAUAUAAAAGCAGUAGCAUCCAUCCAAAUCUCCUCUACUCCAUCAAUUCCCUUUAGUUAUGUCUUCUGUGUUUAUUUCUGGUGCUUCUGGUUACCUCGCCCAACAUAUUUUCAAGUUGUUAAUUGCCAACGGCUACAAAGUCGUUGGAAGUGUCAGAUCCGAAGCCAAAGGUGAAUAUUUAAAGACUCUUUUCACUGAAAACUUCGAGUAUGCCGUUGUUCCAGACAUUGCCGUUGAGGGUGCUUUCGAUGAGGCCUUGAAGAGCCAUCCAGAAGUUGUUGCCUUCUUCCAUACUGCUUCUCCUUUCAACUUCGACGAUGAUGGAAUUGAAGAAAAGCUUUUGAAGCCAGCUGUCGGAGGUACCAGAAACUGUUUCGUUUCUGCCAAGGCUUACGGUAAGAACCUCAAGAGAUUCAUCCUUACUUCCUCCUACGCUGCCAACGCCUGGUCUUACCUUGUUGACAAGACUAUUCCAGAAGAUGUCAGAACCACCGAAGAAACCUGGACCGAAAUCAGUUAUGAGCAAGCUCAAAUUAACGGUUACACUGGUUACCACGCUUCCAAGGCUCUUGCCGAAAAGGAAGCCUGGAAAUUCAUCAAGGAAGAGAAGCCAGACUUUGAACUUGUUGCCAUCAACCCAGUUUACAUUUUUGGACCACAAGCAUUUGACUCUGAAGUCAAGGACACCAUGAAUGUCAGUGCUGAAGUUAUCAACCAAUUCCUCAAGUUGAAGAGCACUGACCCUUUGCCAAUUGUUAAGGGUCUUCAAGUUGACGUUAGAGACGUUGCCAAGGCUCAUCUUUUCGGUUUGGAAAGAGACGAUUACAUUGGUCAAAGAGUUAUUGUCCAACACUGUGCUUUCAGUCAGCAAACCAUUGCUAACAUCUUGAAUGAAAAGUACCCUGAAUUGAACCUUCCAAAGGGUGACCCAGAAUCUGAACCAGAAAGUAUCAAGCGUGUUGUUCAUGGUGAUUUGGAUGACUCCAACUCCAAGAAGCUCUUAGGCCUCAAGGAAAUUGACCUCGUCCAAACCGUUGUGGAUUCGGUUGACCAAAUCUUGAGAGCCAAGAAGGCUGCUUCAGCUGAAACACAAACACUCUCAGUUCACAUAAUAACAAUUAAUAAAGCAUCUUUCAUCGUAAUCCGUUUUCGUAGUUGGUUCUAA